AUGCGAACCGUUUAUGCAUCAAUCAAAGACAUUACUCCAGCUACAAAAAAUUGGAAAGUCAAAAUGCUCGUUGCAGAAAAAUCUCCAAAAAGGAUUGCACGGAACUCAAUAACAAAAUAUCAGAACUUCACAUUGAUAGAUCUUCAGGGAAAUCGAUUACAAGCAGUAAUAUUUGGUAAAGAUAUCGAUUUGCGUGAUGAUACAUUGCAGGUUUUUCAAUCUUAUUAUAUAGGCAAUGCAUAUGUGAAAGCAAUAGAUCCAAGACCCAAAAUCGAAUUGCAUGAAUAUCAAUGGAUCAUCAAUUCGAGAACAAUUAUUGAAAAUGUUGAAGAUAACGAACCAGUGCUAAAGGCUCCAGAGUACAAUAUCAUCCCUUUCAAUGAGCUUGAUGCUUAUAAAGAUACCGAUUCUGAAAUAGAGAUUCUAGCCAUUGUAAUCCAAAUGAUGCCCCCAAGAGAAGUCAACACUGUUAAUGGAAAGACAACAGUUCAAGAUAUACAACUUAUCGUUGAGAGCUUGAAGCCUUUACGUUUAACAAUGUGGGCUCGAUUUGUUGAUGACGAGUGUCAACAAAUUUCAAACAUCAUUGCAGCAAAACCGAUAAUUCUCGGAAUGGCAACCCAAAAUGAUGCAUUACUAGAAGAAAUCAUUGCCAAGGGUUUCAAUACAUCAACAGGAUCGAGUUCAAGCAGUAGCAUGCAGACAAUAACAAAAAUUUCUGAAAUUGCUGAAAUUAUAGAUUCUACAGAGGCAAUGACGAAAUCGACAUUCACAGUUAAGGCAAAAUUUUUAUUACUUGACUUACAUCAGCCGUUCUACUACAUGUCCUGUGUUAACUGUAAUAAAGCGACUGGAUACGAUUAUAAUGAAAAUUUCUUGUGUUACAAUUGCAAAAAUAUGAGCAUCGGACAACCACGUUGUCGAGCAUAUUUGGAAAUAGAAGAUGACACAGGAUGCGUAGCAAUUGUUGCCUUUGGAUUGGUGGCAGAAGAAAUUCUGAAUUCUACAGCAGUUGAUCUACUUGAACACACGGGCGAGGAACAUCUACCAUAUUUAGCAAACAUUGCAAGUGCAGUUUUAGAAAAAGAAUGGAUUAUACACUUGCGUGCAGAAAUGAAUCAAUAUGGAGUAUUACGCCAGAACAAGCUUAAUGUUCUCUUCGUGGAAUCUACAAAUUAA